ACUCUCUCUUCACGUGCAAUCAGUUUAUUCUAGCUUGCCGCCAGUUUAGAGUGUUUUUGUUAUGAACAGUUCCAAAAACGAUGUCCGGUCUUCUUUUAAAUACGGACCAGCUGUCCGGAUCGGAAUCGCCGUCCUGGUGCUCCACACCGUCGGCUGGCUGGGUUGGAAGGCGGUGAACCAGGGUGCGGAAUCCAAGGAGGCAGCGGCGAAGGCCCAGCAAGAACAAUUGCGAGCGGUAUUCGCAGAAAAGUGAUAUAACUAGGGAUGAUAACACCAUAUGGGUUAGCAAACCGCCACGGACUGAGUGCAUUUUAGAUAAUUAUUGUUAGAAACCUAGACAACUCAGUGUAUUAAAUAAAUAAAAUGAAUUUUU